AUGGCACCCUUUAGUUAUUUACUUUGCUUGAAGAGUAGCCCAGCCUGUUUUUUGAACCAAUCUCUUGGAAUUGAAUACCCUGGCUCACGGGGAGUAAUCUGCCGACUUUGGGACGCGCAAUUCUUUGAAAUGAAAUGGACGUCUCCAACCACUGGCGGUUGGUUGGUCUUUACAGCUGUAUCAGGCAGAACGACUGCCCUGGGUGGGAACGACACUGAUGGGAGGAUAGACAGUGUUAAAGUCAUGUCUUCCCUGCCGACCUGCAUGGCGUGUUCCGUGCAUGAUUGGGUCAAGAUAAGCCUGAACCAUACAGGUUCUUGCGAGAAUAAUGGCCCACUGUUGCAGAUUGGAGAGGCUUAUUCACUCAAUGAUGACAAGAAGCAGCUAAAACUAAAGCAGAAAUUAUCAGUAGGAAGAUACCAAAGUCGAGAGCCACUUUGGGGAAUACAAAACAAGGGGAAAAAGACAAGUGUUUCACAGUUCCAACCCACGUAA